AUGUCCAGGUGGUUAUGGUAUAUUGAUGUGUGGAGUCAUUGUCGACUGAAGGUGGCAGAAGGGAAUCCAUUAGGCUGUGUGGGUCAGCCCUUAUCGAUGGGUGCUGUUCAGUCUACAGUGCACAGCACUAUGUGUAAAACAGGGGCCAACAUCAACCCACAUAAGAGCCAUCAACCCUUUGAAUGUCCCAGCAAAAUACCUUUCAUGGUCAAUGAAAGUGCCUGCUGUGCAUAUCGCUGCACAGCAUUUGUAAAGAAUUCUUCAAUGGAUCUCAGGUUGAAUCUUGAGAACAGAUGUCAAUUCUGGGAAAACCCAUAA